AUGCCCUCUCGAGCACGGCCAAUUGAGAAGUUCGCUCAAGCUGUGGCCAAAUGUUCAGCUGAGGCUUCAGUCUAUGGCAAAUGCAUUGUCGCGGACUACAACUCAGUAAACAAGGACAAAUGUCUCACUGAGUUUCUCCGACUGAAAGAUUGUUAUAUGGUGAGGUCCCUGAACGCUUCAUAUCCGAAUUUCACUCACAAAUUGAAAGGCCGCAGCAAAGAAGGCUUGAACAUAGACAUUUCAUUCCACAUCAGCAAAUCUAUGCAAGCGCAAACCCCUCACGGAUCUACGAGAGCUUCGAGAGCUGUCUAUAUGACGGACAUGAGAUCUUGCAAACACUAG